AGUUCUCCAGCAACCAUGUGUACCAAAUUUGUUUUAUCAAUUCUUGUUGUUGUUGUGGCUGCAGCCAUUGCAGAUGAUACCGCCACAUCUCCUGUUGUUGCUGUAGUCCCUGCAGAUGAUAAGAACAAGUUUCCUGUGGUUAAAACAACCAUUGUUGGUGAAUCGGGCACUAUUACUGAUGAACGUCCCCUACCAAUAGCUCCAGUCCCAGUACCUACAUACGUUUUGGGUUCCAGAGUCUUACCGUACGUUUUUUCUCCUACGGUCAAAAUUGUGCCAAAGCCCAUUGCUGAAAUAAAAUCUGUCAAGGAUUUGGAAGAUUCGGAAUCAAUUGAAAUAAAUUCCGAGCCAGCCGGUUUGCCAUCACCUCUUGUCACUUUCCCGUAUUACGGAUAUCCUUUCGGAUAUCAGCCGACAUACCCUUUUUUUAACGGAGGCCGGUAUUUUUACAAAUAUUAUUAUUAAAUGCUUGUAGAUUUACGUUGUAGUAGA